AAUUAGACCACUAGUGGAGAGUUACUACUGAAGUGGAAGGAGUUAAACACUAAACAGUAAUGAUUUCGUGAGGAUAAAUCAAGUGUGCCUGUGUGGAUUUGUGUGCGUUGCAAUGAGGAUUAACCUAGUACUUCAGCUGAUGCUGAUUGGAAUGACGUUCAACACUCACACACAGGCUGGCUUUUAACAAGACUGGACGCUGUAUGUGUGUUUGGGUGCGACAGAAAGAAAGAGGACACAGUGAUUAUAAUGUAAUGUCACCAUGACGGUGACUGUGUUGUCUGUCUGUACACAAGCUGCCCUCUCUUCAAUCUCUCUCCACGUACACACUCUCACAAUGACGGCUAAGUAGACUGUACUACCGUACCUGGCAUGGUGCCUUUUGGCCCAGUAUGUUGUAAGUGGCUGUAAAUGGGUUAGUUAGACUACGACACAGACAGUCUGGGACUCAUAUAAUCCACUCUCUCACACUCACACACACUUCAUAAUGUAAAUAUUUCACCUUACUGGGUUUCCACGUUUUGUAAAAUAAUUUAUGUAUCUGCUCCCCUCUUAUUUACUCUGUGGCCCUCUUAUAAAUAUGCACCAAGGAGUCUUGGAUUAGGGGCAGGGAUCCUUUUCUAAAGCCCAGCGUGUGUGUGUUUGGGUGAGAGCAUGUGUGUGAGUGGGUGCAUGCAUGCUUGAGUGUGUGUGUUUGCGUCUUAAGCCAGGCAGAGCAGAAUACGGCCUGCUGUAAGCCCAGGCAUGUGUGAUUUGUGUGAUUGGGUUUAGACUGCGUUGAUAGGCGACGUCUUGGACACGAGAUGACCAGACGCUUCAUGGACAACGCAAGCUGUCAUGCUAAAAAUAUCAAGUUUGCCCCAUCACUGAGUGUCUCCGAGGACGAGCAGCUUGUGGAGAAGAUCCAAGAUUCUUGUAACUUUUCGGCCGGCCACAUCCUGUUCAAACACAUCUCUCCUCUCGUAUACCCUCCUCUGUCUGCUCGUAUUCCUUCUUGCUCAACAGACUCUUACACAUCUCAGUCGUCUCCCACAUAAACGCACCUCCCCUCAUUCUGGCCCCAUUCUCUUUUUUUAAUUUUUUUAUUUAGCUCUGCUCCCCUGUUCCCCGUCCCCUUUACCUGUCCAAGAAGGACAAAUCCUUUUUUACCGCCACUGCUCCCUUCCCUCGCUCCCCUAACCCCUCUGUUCCCCUAAUGGGCGCCAUAUCAGACAGCAGUGCCACAUUCCCUUCAUCGUCACUGAGAAGCUCUCUCCACCCCUAACCGCCUCGCCAACGCCAACGCCAACAUCAACACGACCCAAUGGAGACAAAAGAUAUGAUGCUGACGAGCAUGUUGACAAUGGACAAAGGAGAGAAUGAGGGAGAGAGGGAGAAAGGGAGAGAGGAGGCGGGGGACGGAGAGGAGGAGACACAGCAGGAAAAUGGUAGACUGGUGCUGGCUGAUGGUCUUGCAGAGAGAGGACCCAAGAGCCUGACCUCCGGCUCCGGACAGCAAGUGUCCAAUGGCUUCACCACCUCCACCCCUCAAAGCCCCAGGGAGGGACCAGGGACCGCAGCGUGCUCUGGAGGUACAGCCUCUGGGCCUGGAGGAGGAACCGGGUCCUCAGUGCCGCUGGGAGGCCUCAGGACUUUGGUGGUCCAACAAACCAGCUUGGACAAGCCCAGAGAGACCUGGAGCAAGAAGAUGGACUUCUUGCUCUCUGUGAUCGGCUAUGCUGUGGACCUGGGAAAUGUCUGGCGCUUCCCUUACAUCUGCUACCAAAAUGGAGGAGGUGCCUUUUUGCUGCCCUACCUGUUGAUGGCGGUGUUCGGAGGCGUCCCUCUCUUCUACAUGGAGCUGGCUCUCGGCCAGUUCCACCGCAGCGGCUGCAUCUCCAUCUGGAAGCACAUCUGCCCCAUCUUCAAAGGGAUCGGCUUUGCCAUCUGCAUCAUAGCCCUCUACAUAGCCUUCUACUACAACACCAUCAUGGCCUGGGCCUUGUACUAUCUAAUAUCAUCAUUUCGUCCCACCCUGCCGUGGACCACCUGCACCAACAGCUGGAACACACCCAACUGCAACCUUUACAUGUCCAGCGACCACAACGUGUCGUGGUCGAACUCCUCCACCUCCCCCGCCGAGGAGUUCUAUACUCGCCAGGUGUUGCAGGUCCACCGCUCCCCAGGUCUGCACCAGCUGGGCUCUGUCAGCUGGCAGCUGGCCCUCUGCCUGCUCUUCAUCUUCAUCAUCGUCUACUUCACCAUCUGGAAAGGAGUCAAGACGUCUGGAAAGGUCGUUUGGGUGACUGCUACCUUUCCCUACCUGGUCCUCCUGGUGCUGCUCAUCCGUGGGGCCACUCUGCCAGGGGCCUGGAGGGGCGUGAUCUUCUAUCUCAAACCUGAUUGGCAGAAACUGCUAAGCACUACAGUGUGGAUUGAUGCAGCAGCUCAGAUCUUCUUCUCGCUGGGUCCGGGGUUCGGCGUGCUUCUUGCCUUCGCCAGCUACAACCCGUUUCACAACAACUGCUACAAAGAUGCUUUGAUCACCAGCUCUGUGAACUGUCUGACCAGCUUUCUGUCCGGCUUCGUCAUCUUUACCGUGCUGGGCUACAUGGCUGAGAUGAGGAAGCAGGAUGUGGAUGUUGUGGCCAAGGAUGCUGGUCCCAGUCUGCUGUUCAUCAUUUAUGCAGAAGCCAUAGCAAAUAUGCCUGCUGCUACUUUCUUUUCCAUCAUCUUCUUCCUCAUGAUCAUUAUGUUGGGUCUGGAUAGCACGUUUGCAGGGUUGGAGGGGGUUAUCACAGCCAUGCUAGAUGAGUUCCCUCAUCUCCUGGCUAAGAGACGAGAGUGGUUUGUCUUCGGCCUGGUGUGCGUCUGCUACCUCGGGGCUCUCUCCACACUCACAUAUGGAGGAGCGUUUGUGGUGAAGCUGUUUGAGGAGUACGCUACCGGCCCUGCAGUCAUCACUGUGGUCCUGCUUGAAGUCAUCGCCGUUUCCUGGUUUUACGGUACCAACCGUUUCUGCAAUGACAUCCAGCUCAUGCUUGGUUUCUACCCGGGUUGUUUCUGGAGGAUCUGCUGGGUGGCCAUCUGCCCCAUCUUUCUGCUGUUCAUCAUCAUCAGUUUCCUGGCCUUCCCUCCGGAGGUCAGGUUGUUCAACUACCACUACCCGCCAUGGACCACUGUCCUGGGCUACUGCAUCGGGGUGUCUUCAUUCAUCUGCGUGCCUGUUUAUAUGAUCUACCACUUGCUCACUGCCAAGGGAACAUUCAAACAGCGUCUAUUAAAGAGUAUCACUCCAGAGCCCAGCUGUGGCCAACACAGAGACUUCAUUGUCACCAACGCAGUCUGACCAAACCCGGACCAAAAGAAGGUGCCACUCUAGCUACGUAGAGCGCCCUCUUCUGGACAAACUGCAAAACCACAGGACAAGGGGGCUACCUUUCACCGUCUUUGCCUCUUUUUCGAACAUCUCCUACACUUGUUUUUAGCUGUCUCACACCAAGAUCUAGACAUAGUGGUGGAGUUAGGUGGAGCCAGGCUGCAGUAGUUUAUUUAGCUUUGUUUAGUUUGGUUCCUUAUGCUGGUUCAGUUGAAGGAGAUCUCUGGUGUUACAAACGCCACAGAUUAGCUCCAAUAUCUUCAGCCUCCUCUCUCUGUUUGUCCACUCACAAGUGUCACCUAAGUCCUUUAGUGACCGACCUUUCUUCAGGUUGUAACAAAUAUUUUAUACAGUUAUUAGAAAGUAUGAUAUGAUCUCUGUUCAUGUAGACAAUAAACAGCGAGAUACUGCACAUUGAAAUCAGUUGAAGAAGGCCGGGGGCUGUAUUCACAAACAAUCUGAGAAUACUCUUAAGAGAGCUCCUAACUCAGCCUAAACUUUUCUAUCUUAGGAGUGAUUUAGGGAACUUCUCAGAGCAACUCUGAGCAUGAAGGGACAGAAACGUUUACCUUAGUGAGGAAGUGUGGUUGACCCCGUAGCUAGGUAUGACACAAGCUUUUAAAAAGGUGUGAUUGGUUGAUCAAGAAAAAGAAAAAUGCACUCUUAGUUUUAAUAGGCAUGGAAUGGACAGUGACAUUGAUAGGCCUACUAAUCAUAAUAAACUUUAUUUAUAUAGUACUUUUAAAAAACAAGUUUACAAAGUGCUUGACAGACAUAAAACCAGAAAGUACACGGUGUAAUUACAAAUUAGAAAGUUCAAUGCAGCAAAGACAUAGAAACAGAGAUAAAAGACAAUGAAAAGAAAUCUUAAGAAUAAAUCCAUGAAUAGAAGCCUAAA